AUGGGUUGUAUCGGAUCUCGUGUUUCCACAGGGAAUGAUCCUCCAUCGAAGUUGAAAAAAGCUGAAAUCGAGCUAGAGACAUUUCCAGAAGAAAUCGCUCACAUCCGUCUGAGGGCCAAAAGUGUCCAUUUUGCGAGCCAUGCCAUCCUCCAUUUCGUUCCUUAUCAAUGGCAAGAAGAGCUAAUUUACGACACGUAUCAGUUGGAUCAGGAGAUUGCUACCAAUAACAGCAACAACCAAAACCAUUAA